GGAGCAAUCGCGAGCCACUAAUUUUUUUUCUCUUUCCCCUUCCCUAUCGGCGGGAGCCACAGCUCCAAGCGCGACCUCACAUCAUACCAUCACCUCACGCCGACUUUCCCGCAAAACUUCCCACCGUAAUCCGAAAUUCUCCAAAACCCCCCGUUCUUCCCGCGUCACGAGAGUUGGGUCCCACCAAAAAGCCCAAAUCCUUCCCCCGGGUUUUCUCGGUACGCUGCAUUACAUAACGAACUACUACUGUAGUAGCCCCAGAACAUCCCCAAACCCCCCCUCCUUUCGGGCUGCGGCUGCAUAUGCGGACAUGACGCGCCGCCCGUAAAGUAGCGCAACGGCUAGCAGCGAAUAUGGGGAAGCGGCGGAAGGUCGCGCAUAACAGCAGCAGCAGCAACGCGCAGAAGCAGAGGCCCGGCGCCGGAAGCCGGAAGCCGCAGCCGCAGAAGGGGAAGGCGGCACAAGGACAAGGCCAAGGACAAGGUCAAGGCCAGCCGAAGUCUCACAAGCAACAGCAGCAACAGAAUAAUAAGUCGCAACCGCAACCGCAACAGCAGCAUGACGAACCCACGAUCCCGUUCGCCCCCGAAGACAAGAUCCUGCUCAUCGGCGACGGCGACCUGAGCUUCGCCGCCUCGCUGGUCGAGCACCACUACUGCGCCUCCGUGACGGCGACGGUGCUCGAAAAAGGGCCCGAGGAGCUAGCAGCGAAGUAUCCGCACGCGCCGGACAACAUCGCCAAGGUCGAGGCGGAGGAGGGGUGCAGGGUGCUGUAUAACGUCGACGCGACGAAGAUGGCGCCGUUCGUCGACAAGCGGAAGGGCGGGGGCGGCGUCAUGGACCGCGUCAUGUUCAACUUCCCGCACGUCGGCGGCAAGAGCACCGACGUCAACCGCCAGGUGCGCCACAACCAGGAGCUGCUCGUCGCCUUCUUCCGCCGCGCCGCGCCGUCGCUGGCCCCCGGCGGCACGAUCGUGGUUACCCUGUUCGAGGGCGAGCCCUACACGCUGUGGAACGUGCGCGACCUCGCGAGGCAUAGUGGCCUCCGCGUCGAGCGCAGCUUCCGCUUCCAGGCCGCCGCGUACCCCGGGUACCGCCACGCGCGGACGCUCGGCGUCGUGAGGAGUAAGAGUGGCGAGGUCGGCGGCGGGUGGAAGGGCGAGGAGCGCGCGGCGCGGAGCUAUGUUUUUGUGAGGAAGGAUGAUGAGGCUAAGCCGGCGGUGGGGAGUGGGCAGGGUAAGAAGCGCUCACGGGCGGAUGAUGAGUCUUCGGAUGAUGAUUGAUGCAUUAUUUAUGUUUGCUAGUCCUGAGCGGGAUUGAUGACCUGGCGAUCAGCGAGGUAUUGGAGUCUGACCCUUAGCAUGGUGUGGCACACGUGCUACUUGGGGUUACGUGGAUAUACUAGAAAGGAGAACGAUAACUGGUAACUCUGUUUUCCUGACCGGUCCCAACGGUCGAUGUAGAGAACGUUGUAUGGAUAUCCGAAGGCCCCGUGGCUGUCAUGCGGCUGGUACACCCAUCUUAGGGAAAUAAUUCGUCAGCCGCAGCUUUAGAUGGACUAUGUCUUCAUCACGGAGUUUUUGCCCAUUUGCUCUGCAUUACAAAGACCCGUUCUUUUUAUGCCUUUGGAAUGGGGUUGACUCUAGUCUACGGUUCUCGUACGUUUGAUAUAUUCUUGUUCGAAAACCGGGAAAAUUGGUGUCAUAGUCUUGGAGGGCACCGGGAAGUAUUGAUUGGACACUGUUUGGGAACACCAUGCUGUAAGGAUAUCAACAAAUCGCGUUAUUUAACAGGCCACUCGAACUAGAUAAUAUGAGCCAAAAUAUCGAUAUCGAAAGGCCAUUGGUCCAGACGUCGCUGUAAGGGCUAUAUUCAACAUAAACGUGCUUACCCCAAAGUGAGACAUGGUGGUGGAACUAAGACAAAAACCACGAGCUCGGCUUCGCUGUCUUAUG